UCCUUCCACACCUUGCUUUAAAAUUCAAGGAAACAUUUCUCUCCUAGGAGAAAGAGAGAAGGAGAGAGGAAGGGAGAUCGAUGGCGGCUUUGAGAUGGCUUGUUCACUCAGCAUGUCAUGUCUUAGGGUACCCUAACGAAGACAAUAACAUGCAGUCACGUAACAAAGUUGUAGGGUGCUCUAAUGAGCAUGCAAGUGGAGUCAUGAUCAAGAAUUCAAGGCUGGAAAUGAAUCCUUGCACAGGAUUUCAAAUGCCUCUUCAUUACCCUCGUUACACAAAGGCUGAUUAUGAGAAGAUGGAGGAGUGGAAGGUGGACAUGUUGCUUGGAGAAUACGGGAUAAGUUUCAAGGGCAAUCUUGAGGAGAAGAGGGCAUAUGCGAUGGGUGCAUUCUUGUGGCCUGAUCAAUACUAAAUAUAUAUUUGCUAUAUAUAUUAUGAUCUUGAUCUAAUUUCUUGAUUGUAAUAUACGGUCCUACAAGUACUCUUGAGGCACAUACAUCUGAAGGGAAAGAUUUUGGGUCAAAUCAAACCUUGGAUCGUAAGGAGAGCAGAAGAUUAUUUUUCUUUUCUCUUUUCGAUGCUCGAGCAUGCAAAAUCACUUAAUUUAACUAGA